GUGGGUCGCAAGUCGCAACCUCAACUCUCCACAGACAAGAAGAUAAUGUGAGAUAACCCACAUUAGUUUCCCAAUUCCGCAACCCCUUUGCACUCUCCUCUCAAACUCCAAAACCUCUCCACUUCACUUCUCAUUCUCACAAACAAAAACCCAAAACAAAAUGGCUUCAAUCUCAUCCAUACUCUCACCUCCCAAUAAUCUCCUUUACAACCCCACAAAACCCCUUACACUCGCACCAAAACUCCAUUUCCAAACCCCCAAAAAAACCCAUUUCCAAAACCUUCCCAGCUUCACUUUCUCACCUCUCAUUCUCUCCCCCAAGCGCUCCCAAGUGCUCUUUGCUGUGGCUGAGGACACCCAAGUUGAUGUGUCCUCCGAGGCUGCAAGGAAGCUCUACAUUGGCAACAUUCCUAGGACUGUGGAUAAUGCUGAGCUCACCCGGAUUGUCGAAGAGCAUGGUGCUGUGGAGAAGGCUGAGGUGAUGUUUGAUAAGUACUCUGGAAGAAGCCGCCGAUUUGCAUUUGCUACAAUGAAGACAGUUGAGGAUGCAAAUGCAGUAGUAGAGAAACUGAAUGGAACUGAAAUUGGAGGACGUCAGAUCAAAGUAAACAUAACAGAAAAGCCUUUGUCAACAGUAGAAUCUUCACUUUUGCAAGUAGAGGAAUCUCAAUUUGUUGAUAGCCCCCACAAAGUUUAUGUAGGAAAUCUUGCAAAGGCAGUAACCACGGAAAUUCUUGAAAAGUUCUUUUCUGAAAAGGGAAAGGUUCUUAGUGCAAAGGUUUCUCGGGUUCCAGGGACCUCAAAAUCCAGUGGGUUCGGGUUUGUUACAUUUUCUUCAGAUGAGGAUGUAGAAACUGCAAUCACAUCUUUUAACAACACUUUGUUAGAAGGGCAACGAAUUCGUGUAAAUAAGGCAUAAAGUAGGUGGCAGCAACAUGGGAUUUUGGAGCAUGUUCAACUUUGUAUCCAUUGUACUAAAAAUUAGGGCAGUUUUUAUUUAUUUAUUUUAUAUGAAAUACAUUUUAAUGAAUUAGUACUGGGUCUCCUACAUAGUUCUGAUCCUUUUUUUGAUAAGGUUAUGCAAUUUGUUCUACAAAAGCUUCCUGGUGCAUCUACUGGUAUAAGAAUAUAGUAUGAGUAUUUUAUGUCAAGCAUGGCAAA